CGGCGGCGGCGGCGGGAGAUGCGGGCGGCUGCGGGCACCCGGGGGGCUCGGCUCGGCCGCUGGCGCCUUCUCCGGCUCCGCCGCGAGGGUCGCAGCGGCUGCCGCGCCGUCAUCGAGUUCCCAGCGUGAGGAGAGGAGCGUCUUGUUGGAGGCGGAGACCCGGAGGGAGCCCCGCGCGCGGCCUCGCUCACUGCUAUGGACAGUGCUAUCACCCUGUGGCAGUUCCUCCUUCAGCUCCUCAAGGAGCCUCAGAACGAUCACAUGAUCUGCUGGACCUCUGAUAAUGGGGAGUUCAAGCUUUUGCAGGCAGAAGAGGUGGCUCGUCUCUGGGGCAUUCGAAAGAACAAGCCUAAUAUGAACUAUGACAAACUCAGCCGAGCCCUCAGAUACUACUAUGUGAAGAAUAUCAUUAAAAAAGUGAAUGGUCAGAAGUUUGUGUACAAGUUUGUCUCAUACCCAGAGAUUUUGAACAUGGACCCAAUGACAGUGGGCAGGGUUGAGGGGGAUUGUGAAGCUUUAAGCCUCAGUGAGCUCAGCAGCAGCAGUUCCAAAGAUGUGGAGAAUGGCGGGAAAGAGAAGCCACCACAGCCUGGUGCCAAGACCUCGAGCCGCAAUGACUACAUACACUCCGGCUUAUAUUCUUCUUUUACUCUCAACUCUUUGAACUCCUCCAAUAGGAAGCUUUUCAAAUCUAUAAAGGUUGAGAAUCCAGCUGAGAAAUUGGCAGAGAAAAAGUCUCCUCAGGAGCCAACUCCAUCUGUUAUCAAAUUUGUAACAACACCUUCAAAAAAGCCACCAGUUGAACCUCCUGCUGCCUCCAUUUCAGCUGGCCCAGGUAUUUCUCCAUCUUCAGAAGAAACUAUCCAAGCACUGGAGACUUUGGCUUCCCCCAGACUGCCUUCCCUGGAAGCACCAACUUCUGCAUCAGGAGUUACUGCCCCUUUUACCACCACACCUCCUGUUUCGUCCGUGUCCCCUCUGCAGGAGCCUCCUAGAACUCCUUCACCACCGCUGAGUUCCAACCCAGACAUGGACACAGACAUGGAAUCAGUGGCUUCUCAGCCAAUGCAGCUUCCAGAGAACUUGUCCCUGGAGCCUAAAGACCAGGAUUCAGCUUUGCAAGAAAAGGACAAAACUAAUUCAUCGAGGUCCAAGAAACCCAAAGGGUUAGAGCUGGCACCGACCCUUGUGAUCACGGGCAGUGAUCCAAGUCCACUGGGAAUAUUAAGCCCAUCUCUCCCUACAGCUUCUCUUACGCCAGCGCUUUUUUCGCAGACUCCCAUCUUACUGACUCCAAGCCCCUUGCUCUCCAGUAUCCACUUUUGGAGUACUCUCAGCCCUGUUGCUCCCCUGAGUCCAGCCAGACUACAAGGUGCUAACACACUUUUUCAGUUUCCUUCUGUGCUGAACAGUCAUGGGCCGUUCACUCUGUCUGGCCUGGAUGGACCUUCUACCCCUGGCCCAUUUUCCCCAGAUCUACAGAAAACAUAACCUAUGCACUUGUGGAAGGAGAGAAUUAAGGAAUAAGGAAAGAGAAAGACAUUCAACAUGAUUACAUUUAAAGUGAGGGAUUGAUACUUCAUGAUGCUAAUAAUAGACUGUUAUGAUUUCUGCUGUUCCCCAUUAAAAUGCUUUUUUAGGAUUCCCUUUGAAUAGGACUUUGAAUAGGAAUACAAGCUAGACUGUGUAUAAAAAUGCCUUAAUUGGAGUCCAAACUCCACCUCCCUCUUUCUUUCUUUUUAAAAAAUAUUUUGAACCUUGUGUUAAGGAAAUUUUUAAUGGGGUUUAGCAUCAGGCUAUGCUUUGCAAGAGAAUUCAGAACAAAAUUACUCCUCUUGCCUUAUUGGGACCCUUUGGCAGUUAUGCUUUGAGCGUAUUAUAUAAGGAAAUACUAGUUAAAUGAAGUUAGCCAUAUCUUUAGGACUUACAUGUGCUCUGUUGAAUACUGAAAGUGAGUUGUGCAUAAGCAGUGGAAGAAAAAUAAUCAUUCCUAGUCACACGAAGUAAGAUUGGAGCAGGACUAUUGGGGAUAUUCUGUUUUGCUGUGAAGUAUAAUGUAUGUAAGCAACUCCACAAGAAGUUAUCUUAUUUACAUUUAUUCAGGGUCGUUUUCUUAGCCCUAUGUAUUAUCUUGACUGAAUCUGAACAGAGCAUGGAGCUAGUUUAUUCCCACAUAAGGAGAUUUUUAAACCUGGGGCUUAAGGCAGUGUUUGGAACAAACAGUGAGAAUAUGGGGCCUCAUAUCUGGCACAGAAAUGUCAUCUGCUGGUAUGAUUCUACACCCAUGGAAUACUUAUGGUAAAUGAUGGCUUUUAGGAGGAUGAACCUGGGUUUUGAGAGUCUGAGGCAUCUCUUGAGUCAAGGAUUCAAUUGAAAAAACUUGAAACAACAUCUAGGUGUUUCCCAGUUAAAAGAUACCCAGUGUGAAGGACCUUUUUUUCUGUUUAUUUUAUCCCAUAUCCUACUGUUUAUUUAUCUUUUAAAUUUAAAGUUGUUAGAGGUUGUGAUAGUUUUAAUUAGGAAGAUGAAAAGCAAAGUGAACUCUUUAAAUCUGUAGUGAGGUAAAAAUACACUUCCUUGAUUUUUCUUUUUUUUUUAAUUAGAAAGUAGCAAAGCUCAUCUGGAUUGGAUUAUUCAUAUUAGUAGUGAAAAAUGUCGGCCUUCAUCUCUGCCAGAUUUGUGAAAUGUUAGCAUAUAGUUGUCACUGCCAGGUCCAGACAGAUUUGUUGGACCCCUAAGCUGAUUUGAUGCCAACAUCACAGUGGAGUCUUUUGAAAAAUUUGGCUUUAAAGUCCAGGAUUAGAUGAUAAUCAUGCUGCUGCCACCACCACCCUGCCCAUUAAACUAGUCUUUUAACCCUAGAAAUAGUUCCUGUAAUGAAACGACUUGAACUAAAUGGUAUAUGAAACUAGUAAAGGACUUGAGGGCUCAAAGUGACAUUGCUAUAAACCAGCAUCUUCCAGUUGUGUAUGUUUGCUUGAAAUUUGUUUUAUGCAGUAUAGAGAAACUCUGGUAUAAGAUGUCUAUGCUAAUUCAUUAGUAGCAGAAGGAUGGUAUUCAGGGAGCUGCCUUUUAUAUUUGUAGUGUUGGAGACCUGUUACCGUUUAAUUUGUGGUUAUCAGCUGAAAAGUUCUGUUCCUGAGAUGUGCAAUAGUAGUGUUGAAAGGUACUGUUCAGUGGUGAUGGGGAACAGACAUACUGGAUUUUUUUUCCCACACUGAAUCAUGUAGUUUGCAUGUUUUUUUGAAAUCAGACUGCUCAGCAGCACUUUGGACUAGUUUUAUUAGGUUAAUUCACAUUUUAUACAUUAGAUAAGUAAAUAUUGAUGGCUUGAUUUAACUAGUAUUUAAAAUUUUGAAAGCACAAAAAGUAUUUUAUUUUGAAUCAAAGGAAAAAAGCCAUUGGUUUGUUUUCACAGAUAGUAUCUUUGAUAACUAACUGUUUCAAUAAAAGGGUGCCUGGGAACCAUCGGCACUAUUAAAACUCAGUCAAAGCAACUUCCUAGGAACCAGUUUUAGUGAGUGCUCUGCCUGUAAAUCUCUCCUGGAAGUCUCUGAGAGGUGUGGGCCUUACGAGGUUGAUGAUGAUCUGCUUUUUCUUUGAGAUCAACUAUUUAGGGGAAGCUGGUGUGUGUGUGUGUGUGUGUGUGUGUGUGUUCACGUUUUUAAAUGAAAUAAAACUGCAAUCAUAGUGAAGUGUAUGAGGCAGGUUGUUCUAUUUGUAAACUACCUCCUUCCUGGGAAAGUCUCUGAUUUUGAAACAUCCAGAGUUCUUCUUAGCAUCAAAAGGUGACAUACCACUUCAGAGCAGUCUUCACUGGAGAGACUUAUAUUUGGUAGCUGUAGCUGGUAUCCAUCACUAGUCACUUUGCCAGGAUGGAUGCUGGUAGGCAAAAGUAGCCCAAGUUAAAAUAGGGGAGCAGGUUUAGUGAACUUUUGCAACUUAGGCUGUGAUUAGCUUAGCUUUUCAUUUGCUCUGGCCGGUAUCUGAGUCAGUUUAUGCUGGGAGGUGUUUAACCACCAGCCUGUCUGAAGGGGAAAAGGCCUUAAAUUGUAGCAUUUGCUGAGUCCAUUCCAUGGUGUAGGUGACUCCCCUGAGGCUGAUUUUAGGCCACCACCUUGGGGCUGAGAAGGGGUGCCCGCAGGUGGCUCAGGGCCACACACUCAGCCAGUGAACCACUGCGUUUAUUCUACCCUCGGGUGGGUUUUCACCUAAUUUCUAAAAUAUUUUUUUCCUUUUGGUUUGUCAUAGUGCUUUUGUGAUGUAAUAUUCUUCAUGGCCAUAUUUUUGUAUUCAAAGGUGGAAACUUCCAUUAAUUUUUUUAAAAAUUUAUACAUGAUGGAAGAAUCCAAAAACCCUCAAAAGAUCAACCUUAAGCCUCUUAGAGUUAAAAUAUAGGUUUAAUUUUUCUAUAUUUUGGUGGCUAAAAUACAGGUAAUGUGACUUUUUCUUUAGAUUUUGAUGGCCUAUAUAGUAAAAUGGAGCCUAUAUAGUAAAAUGGAACUGGAUUUUUUUUUUUUUACACUGGAUUUUUUUUUUUUUUACACUCAAAGAAUUCCUUGAAGAUUUACAUACUCUGUUAAGAGAUCAAAAAAAAAAAAGGAAGGCUAGACUGACUGUUUAAUCUAUUUACAUGGCACGAUUUCUAGUUUUUUCAUCCUGUGUGUCACUUAGGUUUGGAGGGACAUGCAAAUCAGAGGCUUGGAACUCGAGCUGAAACUGCAGGCUGUCGAUGUUACACUUCAGUGCCAUUCACACCUGUAAUUGUGUGAUGUUCACUCUGAUGACAGUAUUUCAUGCUGAUCUCAGAACUUGUGUUAUGAUUCUAAAGUUCUCAAAGUCAGUUCUAAUGAAUUAGAGCCACUCAUCGGCAUUUCAGAAAAACAUUCUCUAAGCUUUUUGAACACACACCUUGAUCAAUAAAAGGCUUUGAACACAAUCCCCUAUUGCAAAUUUGUGUGUAUGUUUGUUAGGUUAUGUACUGCUAAAGUCGUAUGUAUACUGUAAGACACACACAGAAACAGAAAUUAAGGAUGAUAUAAAAAUAAAUCUUGAGUAGAAAUUCGAAUGUUUUUUCCUGCAUCCAGUAGAUUGUCUUGUGCACCCUCUGGGGCACACUCUAAAGACCCCUGACUCAGGGUAUUGUUUCUCAGUCUGAUCUUGGAAAAAAAGAGUUUUGGUUGUGAUAUAUGGGGAAAUCCUUUACAUAUUUGAUCUGAUUUUUAUGUAAACUCUCUAGAAGAGAUUAGGAACUUUUCAGCAGAGCUUGUCAUCAGCUUUCUGAGAUUUCCUGUUUCUUUUUCAUACGUUGGUAAAUAACCCAUCACGAAAUGUUUUACAGAGCUUUAUGCUUACUAUUUUUGACAGUGUGGUUGUCUGUUUCCUUUUCAUAUUAGGUGUGACUUUAAAAUUUACUGGCCGCUCACAAAUUUCUUUUGUUGUCCUUAUUGUUAUAUUUUACCAACAAUUUCAGAAUUACUUAAAGUUGCUUUAUUUUAAAAUACGUAACAACUUCCAUUUUCUUACUGCAUUAGUCAGUUUUAUUAUUUUGGUAACAUUUUGGUAUCUGAAGAAAUACUUUCUUGAAGAGUCUGUUCUGUGUAUCACUUCAUUUACUGUAUAUAUUUUAUUUGCCUAUGCCAGAAAUCUAGAAUUGUGCUGAGGUACCAUUGUUAGGUAUGUAAACAGGUAUGGUGACAAGUGUAGGUCUCUGUGCAGAAGCCUGGAGUUCUGAGUGAAGGACCACUUUUCAGAAUGAAAGCUAGACUCCUCACAAAGUUCGUGGUCUGUUAUCUGAGGGUGUGAUAGGAUGGAAUUGAAAAGUUAAUUGUUCAAUUCAUAGUAGUGAAGUGGAGGCCAGCCAUAAUUGUUUGGGGCAGGUACUCUGACCAGAGAAUUAGUUAGGUGGAACGUGUUCUGUUAAUUAUCUUCCUGGUUUUGGGUCAGCAGAGUGUUUUCUUACUGUUUUUAUUGCUGCUUGCAUUGCCUGAAACAAGGUGCCCUGUUAUUCUUCUGUGUCAACAGAACUCUCCUUACUGAGGUUGAAGUUUUAAUCUUAAAAUCUAGAGUUCUUGUGGGUGGUGGUGUGUUAAGCAAGAAGAGAAGGCGGUUUGAUUUCAUUUCUCGUACUUGGUGGAACCUGUUAGGAUGAAAGUCAUGUUUUUACCUGUAGAUGGAGCAGAUCUGAGAAGGUGAGUUGUUGAUGUACCAUAAAUGUUCCAUUUGAAGCUGCCGGUUUCUUCAAGCUCCUUUUCUGGAAGGAAAAAAAAUUGUGCUAGAUUGACAGCCUGGCAGAAAAUAGCGAUUUCUAGGGUGCUGCCAUCUGCACUUAGCCAUUAUGCAAAUGGAAAUUAGAGUUGUUUAUCUGAGAGGGGCAAGGUUAGCUCUAAGCUUUGUGUAGAAACCAGGAGAUUCAGGUGGUUGUUAACAUUUUAAAUGAUACCUUUAACAAGAAAAUUUAUGAGGGAUACAAUCAAGUAUAGUAAGUCUCUUGAACUCUAAUCUUUUGACUAUAAUACACACCAAGAAGUUUUAUGAGGCUUAAAUUUUUAUUUUAAAAUAUUUAAUUGGGAAACCAGAGCAUUUUUUUCCAAGUCAUUCUGAUUGGCUGAGUGCAUGUGUAUGUGUGCUGAUUACUGACUUGAGUAUGUGUUUGUAUGUAUGUGUAUAAAUAAAUCUAUUUUUCAGAGGGAACAUAUGGUCAUCCUAGUCUAGGAUGGUUCCUAGGCUAUUUUAUACUAAAACUUAAGAAAAAGAUUGGCUGCACUUUGCAGUUGUCACUUUUGUAAAAAUUAAUGCCUUGCACAUUUCCAUUUUUUUAAAUGCGUAGAAUCAUAGGCCUUAAAAAUUGCUUGUCAACAUUUUAGAAAUACUGUAUAGUGCCACAUGUGACAUACUUUAAGCAAAGUCACCAUAAACUGUUCUCUUAUGUUCAUGUAUUAUUGAGCAAAUAAGGAUGUUCUUUCUAAAAAUUUCUACAUUUUUGUGUAAAAUCCUUGCUAUAUUGCAUUCUAAGUUUCUCAGAGAGGAUGUUUAUACUAGAUGUAGUAUUUCUAAAAUACAAAUCUAACCAUGAUUGAGCUAGUGGUGGAGAAAUUCUGGCAUUGUAGCCUAUUUACCCUUUUGAACUAUACAUAGAAAGCAUUCACAGAAACCUCAGAGUAUCUUGGGCUGAAUGUUCUUAGCUUUGCCUUGUUUCGCAUCUCAUCGGGGCCCAUUCUGGUUCUUGUCCCCUCCAAGGGUUAUGAGCCCUGCGAAGACAGGCCUGGGAUCUUCUGGACCAGUUUGGGGGGUGGCGGUGCCCUGUGGUUGGGCCUGACUUCUGGCUGGUGGAAUCGUUCAAGCCUGCCUAGAGUUCAGGGGUGGGAACGCCGUGUACUGAUAUGACAUUACUUGGCACUUUGGGGGCACCAUUACUAGCACUGUUUUGUUUUUUAAUAACUGGAAGCACUUAAUGAUUAUUUUGUUUAAUUUCAACUUAAGGAUAUUGAUGAGGGUCAGGGAUGUUAAGGUUUAUUGUUUAUACUUUCUGGAACUUAAGACUAUUUGGAGAAGGGAUAAAUGGAUUACCCAGUGAGCCAUUCUAGGCCCUGUAAGGUAUGCUCUUUUGACUAGGAUGCUUUAAAAAAUUUACAAGCUUUUAAUAUUGUGCUUUUGUAAAAAUGUAUGACUUUUAAUAAUUUGCAGUUGCUGGAUUAUACUCAACUUUGUGAACUUGCCAACUUUCCUUUCUGUUUAAUCAUUGUUGCUUAUUGUCUAUCAUGUAGGGGACAUACUCCCUUCUAAGACAUUUCAUACCUUUUGUUUUUGAUGGCAGUAUUACCAAGGGUGUUUAUGUGUACAUUACAUUCAUUGCUUAUGUGAUAAAGGAACAUAUUGUAUGAACUUCCCUGUUCAGUAUUAGUGAAAUUAAGAUACAUAUAUGUGAAAUUAACUAAGGUGCAUAUAUGUAAAGACAGAAAUGAAUACAACUAAUUUUUUAUUACUUGAGGCCUCUUUAUUUGGUUUGGCCAUUCAGCCUUUUCUAGUCACAAUCAUAGGUAUUUUUUUCACUUUUACCUUCUAGCAGUUUCAUUUAUCUUUGUGGGUAGAGAAGAUUAAAUAUGAAACUCAGUCCAGUCAUUUUGCUACUGAUGGGCUUUGGAUUGAGGCAAAUACAAUUUUCGACUAAAACUAGUUUUUUAGAAUGAAAAAACUUUUCACUAGAUAAUCAAGUUGACUUUUUAAAAAAGUGUACAAUCUUGUGUUUUGAAGAACAAACUAGUAAUUUUCUCUGAGUCCUACUGGAUCUCCAAGCGUGGACAUCACUUGAAAAUUAAAUAAUGUUAAACUUUUGAUUUUCACCCACUGAAUCUGUAAGUCAGGAAAAAAAAAAAAAAAGCAUGUCUGCUAUGGUGUUAACACAAAGAGAUGUAUCCUUUACAUCAGUGUGUUUUGCCUCUGUGGUAAUAAGAAUUUGUCAGGCUUCUUUCCUCAGACUUUGAUUCAUUCAUCUGGGAAGACAGUUACUUCAUUGUUUAUUUUUCCCCUUGUGUCUUCUGUUGAAAUCUGUCUCUCAUAAUAUCUAGUAUCCUCUACUUUUGUAAAAACAGAAUACUUACAUAAAAUGCCAGUGCACACCUACCUACCCAAAAGACUGCAUUACUGUUAAAGUGUCAUUAACAACUUGUCUUGAUUAACUUCAGUGUAACUUACAUGAGGGAGACCUUCAAAGUAUUAAAACCUCAUUUCUUUUUCCUAAAACAAUUCAAAUGACGGUAACUAUUCACAUUUAUUAAAAUCACAUCCAUCGUUGAUGCAACUGGAGAGAGACUGCCACCUCUCUAGCUGAGUGGUUUCACUUACCUGUUGGGAAACUAAGGGGUGUUGUCUUAAGGUGAUUAGGAUUAGCCAGAGCCUUAGCUCUACAUGUGUGUGGCAGAGAAAUUUUACAGAAUCUAGGUUGGUGAGGAAGAGCCUGCGCUGACACUUUGAGGGUUUCAUAAUAUGCUGCUUUAAGAGGAAAAAGUGUAGUUAAUACUUAGUGCAUCUCCAGACAGAGUAAGAGAUUGCUCUGAAAACUAAUCAGGUGAUCUUUGUUUUCUAUUGCUUCAAGUUUUAUACAAAAAUAUUGUUAAAUUCUGUAAUGAUGAUAUGCAUCUUUUUAGAAAGAUAAUACAUUUUAAAAAACUAUUUUAUGUAAGAACUGACAGAGGAAUUUGCUUUGUAUAAUGGCAAGCUGGCUUUAAGAAAGCACUGUAUCAAAUAUACUAGUCCAAAAUUCUAUAGAUAUGUUAAUAGAUGUAUGUGCAACUAGAUAUGGACAAUUGUAUUUUUUUAAAUAAAUAUUUUUAAUAAAAUGACUUUCUGAA